AUGGAUCGGUCUCCUUCCCCCACUACAGGGGCCCCAGGCCCUGCCCUAGAGCUGACCCCUGCAUGCCCAAAGGGCCAGGUGCCCCUGGGGGGUAGCGAAGGUUGCGGCUGUCCUGGAGAGCUGGUAAAACAGGGGGAGAGCUGUGCCUGUCCUGCAGGGUUCAGACAGCAGGGGGCAGCAGAGUGCCAGGAUGUGGAUGAGUGUGCGGGGGAGGCCCCGGGCCCCUGUGGGCUCCAUGCCAACUGUACAAACACGCAGGGCUCCUACACGUGCAGCUGUCACCGUGGUUACCUGAAGGGGCUGGAGGGUUGCCAGGAUGUGGAUGAAUGCGCUCUGGCUGAGGUGACUGGCCUGCAGGCUUGUCGGGGCGGGGCCAAGUGCAGGAACUCUCCCGGGUCUUUCUCUUGCUCCUGUGCGGUGGGGUACGUCCUGGCUCUGGACGGACACACCUGUGUCGAUGUGGACGAGUGCACUUUCGAGGAGCAGUGCCGCAGAGAGUUUGGGAACGUUUGCAUCAACACCCCGGGGAGCUACCUCUGUCAGUGUCAGCCGGGGUUCAGAGCAGAGACUCCGGCGUGUGUGGGUCCUGUGUGUCCAGCAUACAGAGUGUGUCAAGAUGUAGAUGAGUGCAAGGAAAGCCCGGAUGUGUGCGCUGGUCAGGGCAUCUGUGAGAACACCCUGGGGAGCUACAGGUGUGUGUGCCAACUGGGGUACAGGGGCAACGGCACUCACUGCGAAGAUGAGAAUGAGUGCGCUUCAGGUCGUCACGGCUGUGACAGUAACGCCCGCUGUGGCAACAUCAUCGGCUCCUACUUCUGCCAGUGUUACCAGGGUUUCAACGGGGACGGUUACUCGUGCUUCGAUGUGGACGAAUGCGCCGUGAACAAUGGGAACUGCCAGCACAACUGUAGUAACAAGGCUGGUGGUUACCAAUGCCAUUGUCUGCCUGGGUAUGAGCUCACUCCGGAUGGGCAUAAUUGCACAGAUGUGAACGAGUGUGUGGCUCUGAACAAGACGUGUGAUCAGGUCUGCACGAACACGGCCGGCUCCUUCCUCUGCUCCUGCCUACCUGGGUACCAGCUGCACAUCGAUGGCCAGAGCUGUGUGGAUAUUGACGAGUGUAAGCUUCAGAAAGGGGGCUGUUCCCAUGAGUGCACCAACACCCUCGGGGGGCACACCUGUCACUGUCCUGAACCACUGCUUCUCGACCUGGACAACACCACCUGCGUCAAUGUGACGUCGUGUGACCUCAGGAAUGGUGGCUGUGCGCACGUCUGCACCGUACGCUCAGAGGGGCGUGUCCACUGCAGCUGCAAGGCAGGCUGGGAGCUGGCGGGGGACCAGAGGAGCUGUCUGGAUGUGGACGAGUGCGGCAACUUCAAUGGUGGCUGUGAGCAGGUGUGUGUGAACCACCCUGGGGCCUUCAACUGCAGCUGCCGGGAGGGGUACGAGCCCCGCACCGACGACCCGACCAGGUGCCAGCCUGUGUGCGACCCCCCCUGUCAGAACUACGGGGUCUGUGUGGGCCCCAAUUCCUGUGACUGCCCUGCUGGCUACCCCGGACCCGGCUGCUCAGCCAUGUGCUCCCCACCAUGUGCCCAUGGAGGCACCUGUAUGCGCUGGAACAUGUGUCUGUGUCCCCCUGGCUGGACUGGGCCCGGAUGUCACACAGCGGUGUGUGAGCUUCCCUGUGCAAAUGGCGGCCGCUGUGUGGGCCCAGACACCUGCCAGUGCCCCUCUGACUACACCGGACCUCAGUGCCUCACCCCCCUCUGCACUCCGCCCUGUCAGAAUGGAGGGAGAUGUGUUGAUGUCAACAAGUGCACCUGCAGUGGAGGAUGGCAGGGUGCCCGGUGUCAGAUAGAGCCAGUUCAGUGCCAGACAGCAUGUAAGAAUGGUGGAGUGUGUGUGGGACUCAACAGGUGUCGCUGCACCAGUGGAUUCACAGGAGACCUGUGUGAGACAGCGGUGACGACACCCUGUGUGCCACCUUGCCAGCACGGUGCCACCUGCAGCCCGCACAACAAGUGCACCUGUCCUGAGGGCACCGCUGGCCUGCGCUGUGAAAAGCUGACAUGUCCAGUGGUUACCACUGUGGUCAGUAUGGCUCGGGCAGUGCGCAAGGGAGUGAGAGAGAGUUACGUGGACCGCUGUGGACCCCUGGGAGUCCAGCUCUGCACCAAGUACAGGAUCAACCAGGCACGUGUGUACCUGCAGGCCUACCGGGUAGGAUACAAAAUCCAGUGCCCUGAGAAGAAAGGGAGAUGAGAUCACCCCCCCCACACACACACACACACACACACACACACACACACACACACACACACACACACCCACUACAGAAAACUGCACUGUGAUUGAGCAACCCACAGUGUUGACCUCCGUGUGAUCCUUGUGAAACAAGACUUCACCCAACUGAGCUGAGUUAGGCUCAAGGAUACAGAGGAAUACCACAGCGAGAACAGGAGCAAACCGCAUUCUGUUCCAGAAGGGACAACUCGUUUGCAAUGUCAAACCUGGACAACCAACGACUUUCUUCAUUUAACGCAGUGGAUGAAAAAUUAACCUCUCCACAUGACCCAGUGCAUUUGUCAAUGAGAAACACUGAAGUACUGUAAUCAUGUGAAGUGCAUUUUGCAUGUCCCUACAUUGCCUGGACUAUGAGUUGCAAUUCUACAGUUCUAUACCACAAUUCGUAUAUAGUUCAUUA